UUUUUUUUCUGUGUUCUGUUUAUUCCUCUUAUUUCAUCAACAAAUAUGUUGAAUUUUUCUGGGGAAAAAAUUUCCCUCCUUCCCACCGACCCAAUGAUUUUACCCAGAGUUGUGAGAGGUCAAGCAAACUUCAUUUUAAAGAUGGCCUGAUGUUAAUAUUCAUAUAUUAAGGUAAUUUUAUCUCUCUGUAUAUUUUACACAGACAGACCAAGAUGGCAUGCAGCUCUCAGACAAGAUUGCCUUUGCCUGUAUCUACCUGGAUGACGAUAAGUUAAAGGAGUACAUCAACAGACUAACAAGGAAAGUUAUAGAGGCCGGAAAUUUAGACGGUUUACUUAUUACAGGUUUAACACAGGAUGGAGUGUCUCUGAUAUCUAAGUAUGUGGACCUGACCGGUGACGUACAAACAGCGGCUCUCGUCUGUGUCUUCUCACUCCCAAACGAAAUGUCCAAAGACGAGAGAGUUCUAAACUGGAUUGAAUCGUACAGAGAACUGUUAGAUAGAUGGAGACUUUGGCAUCACAGGUCAAAGUUUGAUAUUAUCUGGCACGCCAGCGAUAACUUCCGAGUCAUAUCCCAGGCCUUCGUCAGCUGUAACUUCUGUGGUAAAUCCAUCGCCUGUAACAUGCCUGUGGCCAGUCGAGCACGACCAUACAACUCAUACUCAGCCGGAACCCUGACUUCCACUAAACCAAAGGUCUCCUGCUGCCCGGGAUGUAGGAAGCCCCUCCCCCGCUGUUCUCUGUGUCUGAUGCAUCUUGGUACUCCCUCAGGAUCAGCUCUCUACACGCAGAAAGAUAAAACAACAUAUGCAUCCAAAAUGACAGCCAUCGAUGAUUGGUUUACGUGGUGCCAAUCAUGUCGCCAUGGAGGCCACGCCUCCCAUUUGUGGGAGUGGUUUGCGGAACACUCGGAAUGUCCCGUGACCGGCUGUCACUGCAAAUGUUCAACCGUAGAUCACACCUCUAGGCUUAAUGCAGAGAGCUGACAGAGGAAAAAUGUGUAAUUUGUUACAGAAUAUUAAAAUUGUUCGAUGAUAUUGAUGUAAAUGCGUAAACUUUAUAUAUUGGCAAUACAUAGCAGAAAGCUACUUUGAAUAAUUGACUUCUGGACUGAGGUUAAAAGAUAAUGUUAUAAAGUCUUACUUUUUCAUCACACUAUCAGUCAAGGAAGAAAAUCCACAUUAAGCAGUUGUGAUUUGAAAUUAAAAAAAAGUUAUUAAAUGUGUCCCAUUGUUUUUGUAUUUCAGAUUAUUCUGCCAUAUUAAGAUUCAUUUCUUUAAAGAAAAUAUACAUUUUUAAAAUGUCAAU